UUACAAAACCCAUCACUCUUAUUAUUUCAAAAAGACCGAAGCACUUCAUGUGUCUUUUCUUCCGUUGAGGACACCAUGGCGAGCAUUUUUGACUUUGACGAUGAUCAAGACUUGGCAUCUCCUUCCUCAUCGCCUGUGGUAAAGAAGGAGGUGGUGAGAAAUGCGUCUCCUCCUGCCAUUCCCAAGCUUGAAACCGAGGAAGAUGAGACUUCCCCCACCAGCAACAGCACUACCGCCGACACCAAUGACUCUACCGGUACAGCCGCCGACACCACCAAUGACAACAACAGCAACGGUUCUCCUGCUCGAUCGCGUACAGCCUGUCCCAUUCUGAAGGGAUCUCGACAUGCCCGAAAUCGUCGGAGACAGCAAGAAGAAGUUGAAAAACAGAAUCUGGGACUGAACUCUCUGUCGCAAGACAACAACAACAAACAUGUGCGCUUCACCAAAAAGAGAAAUGGGAAAUCCAAGAAGAAUCAAGGCAGCGAUGACGAGGAUGAAGCAAAUCCAUCUUUUUCCACGCCAAGCAUUAAGAUUGCUCCUCGACGAAAAAAGAGGAAGAAACCCAACAACACCAAUGGUACGAAUGGUAGCACAAACAACAACAACAACACUGCUGGAAUUAGCAAGGCCAAGUUGACACGACCUACUUCAGCUACCCGAAAAUCCAGUGCCGACAGCAACAAAACCACAAAGACAGCUUCUCCUGCGGAUGACUUUUUCAAGUCCCCUCCACCUCCAUGCAGCAUGAAAAGUGAAUUGAGUGUGGCCGAUAAACUCAAAAGGGAACUCAAAAAGUUGGAAAAAGAACAACAAAAACUCAGUACGAGUAGUCCCACAGUAGAAGUUGUCUCACGCCGCAGAAUUCGUGGUGCUGGAGGAGAUGUCUUUGCCGCACAAGAUGCUGGCAAUCACCAAAUGAUUCACGAUGAAUGUGCCUACUUGACAUCCACCGUUCUGGGAUAUCCCACCAAAUCAUCCAAAAUAUUAAAGGCUCCACUGAUUGAAUCCGUGGCGGAAUUGGCGGCCUUGUUAUCCGAUACCAAAGUCAGACGAGUGCUAUGGCAGGGAGAUGACAAACAUAAGGCUACCGUCGAAGAUGUAUUGGAUGUCUUGCAGCACACGACAAGUGGCCUCAUGGAGAAGACAUCUACGUGCCGCUGGCGCAGUUUGACGCAACGACUCGAACUGGUCCAUCCCAAGGGCGGCGGCGAGGAACCCCAGGAAAGCGCCAAUAAUCAGCAGCAACCAUCGAUUGUGGAAGCAUACUACACGGGACUCUUGUUGGAUGCCUUGACGGCCAUUGUGUCCUUUCUUUCGUGGGAUGUCACGAUUGAUAGUCAGGCUUCGGUAUUCCACAAAAAUUCCACCGGAGCGAGGGCCUUUCGACAGACCAUUUUGAACCAUGAAGGCGCUUUACCCGCUAUCAUGUUCAUUAUGCGCCAAAAUGAUCCCAUGGUUGCGAGCAUUUUGGAUCCAACGGACAACAACCCGAUGGAAGAGAUUCCACCUCAAGACCUGUCACAAGGCAGCGCGAAAAACAACUUGUCGCAAUUAUCCGAAGUGUCGUCCAUUCAUUCAGCUGGAGCAGCCGAUGCCGCGGAAGACCCAACUGCAGGUGGGCGACGCAAACGUCGGCACAACAAUCUGUCGCAGUCCUCAUCAGAAGACAACCCAGAGCCGCCACCAAAUGCCGAAGAACCCACAAGGCCACAUGAUCCAACCAUUGCAGGAAGGCGCAAGCGACGGCGCAAGAAGGACCGCUCGCUGGAAACCAUUGCCGAAGAUGGAUCUGUCGCCAUGUCAUUAACCGGAGCUAAUGUAUCGGGGGCAGCCACACCUCCUCGGUCACCGCCUCGAGUAGUCUUUGGAAAUGCUGCCGGAGGAGAGACAGAAGACGGCUUUUCGCCAUCUUCUCGUCAAUCGUCGCGGCAGUCGUCGCCUACUGCAGCGCGACGCGGUGGUGGGGACGAUGCGUCCUCGUUAAUGUCGUGUGAUAGCGCUUUGCUCAAAAUUCACGCGCAGCUCGGGAAAGCGCGCGAAAGGUUUGCACUGCCAGAUCAAGCACUCCGACAACCGGGUAGUCAGAUUUUGCACAAUUGCCAAGGGCACCGUGAGUUACCGCUGGCAUUUGGAGGGAAGGACAGAGCUGGGUGUGCUUCUUCGGUCGCGUUGAAGGCCCUAAAUCGACUUUUGAGUGGGAAAGAAGAGGGAGACAAACAUUCCUGCUUGGACGAGAGUGCCUCGGAGAGCAGUAAGCGUUUGAGCCAGCCUGACGAUUUUGAUUCGGAUGAUGAUGAUGAGGACUGUGGAGAUAGUAACACCCGAAGCCCCGUUCGUCGAAAGCCAAAUGCGCCAGAGGAUGACGAGGCAUUGAAUGACAAUCCGCUCCUACAAACCAAUCGUGUCCUGGGAAGCAGCGGGGCCGUCGCUUCUUUGGCAGAGGCGAUGGCCGAAACCUUGACGGCCACAAUCGAAGAAAUCGAACAUCGGUCCUUCCCUACGUCUUGUCAGGCAUGUCUGCAGCAUCUUCAUGGCAAGCUUGAAGCACUGGCCUCUUUGGUGGACAAUGCUUGCCUCCUUUACGACAACAAUCGCAUUGAACUAAGCUCAGCCUCCACGGAGACGACGGAACUUGACGACGAAAAGUGUCAAGGCGGCGUUCUCGUGGCGAGUCAAGUGCUCUUCCUGAAAGUUUGGCUUCGACAAAAAGAACAGGUCAAUGGGAAGAAACCAACUCCGACGACGAUGGAGCUUUUGAACGAAAUGGGACACACGGUCUUCACCACUCUGACAAGUCUAACUCACUUGAACAGCUUGGCAGCUGACCAAAUGGGCAUCCAAUACCGGGACAACAGUGACCCUCUAGUGGACUCGCUCUCCAAGGAUGGUUCCUGGAGUGGCGUUCAGCUUCUGGGACAAAUUCUAUAUCAAACCGCAACGAACAGCGAUGGCAAUUUGACGAGCAAGGUUGCUUACGACACUUGCAUCUUCUGCCUCAACGCGUUGACCAAUAUUGUCGGAGACGAAACCACCGGGAAUGCGCGUCGCAUUCUGCUGUCAAUGGAGUGUCUCAGAGGCGACAAACCAAUUCCUUUUUUGACCUGGCUGACACAAACGUUGGUGGGACAGACAGAGAGUUUUCGUGAUUCCAUCAUGAAAGGUUCUUUUGGUAGCAACAGUGCUGCGGGUCCCAACCAGCAUUCCCAACGCGUUCUGACAAAGAAUGAAAAUGAAAAACUGGUUAUAGCGGGCCAUGGGUGCGUGUUGCUGGCGUGCCUUUUGAUGGACGCUCCUGAUGAUGCACCUGGCUUGAAGGAUGCCACUAGCAGCAUUCGCGAGUUGAUUUUGUCGGAGAUGCCGUUGAACGACGAGAACGGCCUCCUCUCCGGUACCAAGUUUCUCAAGAACACGCUUCGUGCUUUCAGCAACUUCAUCUACUCUCGUAUAGGAGACCUGAGCGUCGCCAUCAUCGGUCCAGUGCGAGAGCUAAUCACCGGGUUGGAUAAGAUCAAGGUGGAGGUAGUGUCUUGAGCAUUGCGAUGAGCAGCUGCAGUACAUUGUCAUGAUGUACUCUAGACCCUGUUUCUACGAUAAUCCUUCAAUCUUCAAUCGCCACUAGCUUGUAAAUGUACCGGUAUUGGCACCAGUAGCGGGGGAUGUUGCAUGGCUGGGCUCCUGAAAACGUUUUGGAAACGUGCACCGCCCAAGGUCUCGGCGUCCACCUGUGCUACCGGUAAAGCGAAAGGGCAGCUCCAAGCUUCCUGAUGAUGCGGAGAAGGAUCUCCAGUUUCUACUGCUGCUAAUUUAUGGGAGUAUCGGUUGCUCAAACAAUCUAGCGGUACCGGUGCAUGUUGCUACAGUUGAGACGAUGGUUCCUGGAGCUGUUCCUAGUUUGUUCUUUAAAAAUAGGAGGGAUUAUUGUAGUUG